GCAAUUAAUCUCUGUAGUGUAAAAACCGAAAAAUUUUGUUAGAAUCUAAAAAUCCAUUCCCAUCUAAAUUACUUAUUUCGCAGUCAAAAUUGUUCAAUAUAUAUAAUAUUGUGAUUAUCUUGGCAGAUUCUUUUCUUAAUAAAGAGAUUACCUUGAUGGAUUCUAUGUGCUACGAAAAUGGUAAAAUUCUGGUGAUAAAUGGAGGACGGCUGUGCUUGUUUGGAGUAUUUUGGAGUAUUUAGACAAAACCCGCGUCUGGGUCUUACAGCUGCAGAUACCUUUCCUCAUAAUGUUGCUUUUCCAUGGUGGGGGUGUCUCUUAGACUACCUAUGCAACUACAAAAGAACCUCCUACACUCGUUUCUCCUUGUUUCUCUUUUGCUGCAUUUCGUGUGCAAUGGAGAGCAUUCAGUUGGGUUCUUUUCAAAUUUGAUUUAGGCAUUCUUUAGUUUGGAAUCUGGGUUUUUGUGGAUUUCUCGAAAGUUUACAGCUUUUUGUCGUUUGCAAAUGGCUCCGAGUUUGGAUUUCUCAAAUUGGUGGGCGAAGGAUACCCGAAAAGGGACGUCGGUGGUGGUGAAAAUGGAGAACCCCAACUACUCGGUCGUCGAAAUUGACGGCCCAGAUGCUGCAUUCCGGCCCGUGGAGAAGAGCAGAGGCAAAAAUGCCAAACAAGUGACAUGGGUCUUGCUUCUCAAGGCUCACCACGCUGUCGGUUGCCUCACUUGGUUGGCCACUUUCUUCUGGGCAUUCCUUGGAGCCAUAAAGAGGAGGUUGAUUUUCCGACAGGAUGUAGACAUGGCGAGCGAGAAGUUGGGAAAGGGAAAGCUCUUGUUCGGUGUAAUCAAGGCUUUCUUGGUGAUAUCCUUAGUUAUUCUUGGUUUCGAGGUAGUAGCUUAUUUCAAGGGCUGGCAUUAUUUUGAGAAUCCUAGUUUACACAUUCCUCGGACAAGUGAAAUCCACGGUUUGUUCCACAUGCUGUAUGUUUCUUGGCUGUCCUUUCGUGGAGACUACAUUGCGCCCUUAAUUCAAGCUUUGUCCAAAUUCUGCAUAGUUCUGUUCCUAAUUCAGUCUGUAGAUCGUAUGAUACUUUGCUUAGGUUGCUUUUGGAUCAAAUACAAGAAGAUUAAGCCAAGGAUUGACGGAAAUCCAUUCAAGUCUAAAGAUGUUGAGGGAUCUGGUUAUGAGUAUCCUAUGGUUCUUGUUCAAAUCCCAAUGUGUAAUGAGAGAGAGGUAUAUGAGCAGUCAAUAUCUGCUGUCUGUCAGCUUGAUUGGCCGAAGGAGCGUUUACUUAUUCAGGUUCUUGAUGAUUCUGAUGAUGAGAGCGUCCAAUGGUUAAUUAAGGGAGAAGUUUCCAAGUGGAGCCAAAGAGGUGUCAACAUAAUUUAUCGACAUCGCUUGUUUAGAACUGGUUAUAAAGCUGGAAAUCUGAAGUCUGCAAUGAGCUGUGAUUAUGUGAAGGUCUAUGAGUUUGUUGCAAUAUUUGAUGCUGAUUUCCAGCCAAAUCCAGAUUUUCUAAAGCAGACAGUGCCACAUUUCAAGGACAACCCUGAGUUAGGAUUGGUUCAGGCUAGAUGGGCUUUUGUGAACAAGGAUGAGAACCUAUUGACUCGUCUCCAGAACAUUAACUUAUGUUUCCACUUUGAGGUUGAACAGCAAGUGAACGGUGUUUUCCUGAAUUUCUUUGGUUUUAAUGGGACUGCUGGUGUUUGGAGAAUCAAAGCCCUCGAGGAGUCUGGGGGCUGGCUUGAAAGGACAACUGUGGAGGACAUGGACAUAGCUGUCCGUGCACACCUUAAUGGUUGGAAAUUCAUCUUCCUUAAUGAUGUAAAGGUCCUUUGUGAAGUUCCUGAGUCCUAUGAAGCUUACAGGAAGCAGCAACAUCGCUGGCAUUCUGGACCUAUGCAACUUUUCCGUCUGUGCCUUCCUGCAAUUUUGACUUCUAAGAUAACAAUAUGGAAGAAGGCAAAUCUGACACUACUGUUCUUUUUAUUGAGGAAACUCAUCCUUCCCUUCUAUUCCUUCACAUUGUUUUGCAUAAUCCUUCCUCUAACCAUGUUCGUUCCUGAGGCCGAGCUCCCUGUUUGGGUCAUUUGUUAUGUGCCUGCUUUUAUGUCAUUCCUCAACAUUCUCCCAGCUCCCAAAUCCUUUCCUUUUAUUGUUCCUUACCUCCUGUUUGAGAACACCAUGUCAGUGACCAAAUUCAAUGCAAUGGUAUCUGGAUUAUUCCAGUUAGGGAGCUCAUAUGAGUGGGUUGUUACCAAGAAAGCAGGCAGGUCUUCAGAAUCUGAUUUGCUGGCUGCUGCUGAGAGGGAAUCCAAGAACCAAACACCAAUUUGCAGAGGAGCUUCUGAGAGUGAGCUGGCUGAGUUGAACCAUCUAAAGGAACAGAAAGAAGCAGCUCCUCAACCUGUUAAGAAGGUAAAUAAGAUAUACAGGAAAGAGCUUGCUCUGGCAUUCCUCUUACUGACAGCUUCAGUCAGGAGUCUGUUGGCAGCCCAGGGAGUCCAUUUCUACUUCCUCCUCUUCCAAGGAGUGACCUUUCUACUCGUGGGUUUAGAUUUAAUAGGGGAGCAGAUGAGCUAAUGGUGUGCUGAUCAAAAUAAAAGAAAGAGUAAAGCUUGCUCAACUUUGGUGAAUAUGCAUCACACACACAGGCGCAAGCUGGUUUUGGCAGUUGAUGAAAGUUCAAUCUUCUUCCUUGGCAAACAGUUAAGGUGUACUGUCCAAUCCAAUAAUCAAAAGUUCCAUCUACCCAAUAAAGUUUCUCCAUUCAUCAAUAACUCUUCAUUCUGCAGUAACAAUUUAAAUAUUUUACCUCUUUUUUUUUCCUUUAAACUUUGGAUAGUCUCAUGUAUUCUUCCUUAGGUGUUCAAUAGUUGUUGCUUGUAUAGAUAGGCUUGUAUUUUACCAUAGUUUGCUCUGAUUCUCGCUUGGGUGUACUGGAUUUCAGUUUCAAGCCAUAUUGUAUUUGUGUAGUUGGAAAGUUUGAGUAAGGAACAAGAAUGAGCUUGCUUUGAUUCUUUGUGUUUUGGAUUCCAGAUUAACAAUGAUAAUGGUAAAGCAUAAUAAGAAUUAUCCAAUACAACAAAUAUCUCCUUGUUCUUUCAACAUCUUUGCUUUAAAUACCUCACUUGUUUCUUCUGCAAUUUGCUUACAGGCGCAUGCGGGUAGUGUGGGUGCACAUGUACCUAGUGAAGUCAAGUGUCGGCAAGUGUAGGUGUUUUGGCAAUGUAGUGGUGGGGUGGCUGAGGGUUAUGCAUCAAUAUGUACCCGGCUGGGGCCAUGAGAUAUUUGGUGGGCAUUGCUGAUUCUAGAUUUUUGUGGGGAAUUGAAAAGCUCUGGCUGUAUUCUUCUUGUUUCUCUUUGGAGCUUGAGACAAACUUGCUCCUUUCCUUUCCUCAAACUUUCCACCCAUGGUUUACCCCACCAACAUUUCUCACACAAAAGCAAGCCAAAGAUUUCUUAUCCUGU